AGAAGAAACGCGCUGCAGUAAGAGCGCGCAUUGACCAACACAAAAACUAUACUUUCACGAGCAGUCUGUGAUGUGUGCAUCUUCUUUCAACGAGCUCAACGACCUUGUGCCUCUUGCCAAAACUUACUGAGCUUGCUGUCUCGUUUACUCUACAUCAUCGAGCCAUCACUCCGUGUGCUCCCAUGCAAUGCGUGUACAAAACUACCAGUGCAACUCGAAGCUUCGCUGCUGAUGGUUCUGCGCGUUUUGUUCUAGGUCCCGCUCGCCGGUGAUACGCAUUUCGUUCUUAGUCCCGAGCACCGGUUUUAUUUGGUGAAGUGUGAAAGUGAACAAACAGUGUACUCAUGCGCAUAUGCAUUGCGUUCAUCAACAUAAAAGGAUACAUCUAUGCACAGGGCAUCUAUGUUGUUGCUGGAAAGAUGCAACACAAAUUACCACCAAGUUUGCCAAAGCCCUAACGGAAGUGUUAAUUUUUGUGAACCAAGUUAACAAGUGCAUAAACAUAGCAUUUUGGUUAAGUUACUGUUCAUCCUUCUGUAAUUGUCUACGCCAUGGCAAAAAUAAGUGGAAAAUUAUAUCGUCAACGGGAUAAAUUGUUAGAACAACUUUCUGCUGAAUAUGACGCUGAAGCAGGACCCAGCAGAGUGUUUUCAUCAUCAAUUGAUAAUACCUCGCAAACUGGUCGUGUAAGUUCAUUAUUUGAGUCCCAUCUCCCGGAUUCAGAACAUCCGGGCAGAGAAGAUCCGGCCAUCAUCUUCCCGGAUAGAUAUGGCAAAAGAAGGUAUCUCGAAAAUUUAAACGAGGAUACAUUUUCCAACGAGGGUUAUUUUAUUGCGCUAUCUUAAGAUAGUGAAACCGAUGAAAACGAUGUAAAUAUGGAAACUGUGGACACCAAUAAGUCUAAAAAAUAUCACAAUUGUGAAAAUCAUGAGAAUGUCAAAGAUUGCUUGAGACAUUUUGCCAUCACCCGAAAUCUGCCACGAGAUACGGUUAAUGAGAUGUUGGAAAUUUUGAGAAGUAACACCAAUAUGGACCUUCCGAAAGACUGUCAAACCCUUCUUAAAACGUACGCUAAUAUUGGAAAAGAGAUGCAAACUAUACAAGGUGGGGAGUUUUGGUAUAAAGGCAUCGAGAAAUCGUUGCAAAAUUAUUUCAAAUCUUCUACUCCAUGCGCAGAGCAAUUUACGAUCCAGUUCUCUGUUGACGGCCUUCCCCUGCAUAAAAGUGGACGAAUGCAAGUUUGGCCCAUUUUAAUGAAAGUGGAAGAGGUAAAAAAUGCACCAAUAAUGAUGGUUGCUGCAUUUUGUGGUACCGAAAAACCGGGAAGUGUUGAAGAAUACUUACGUCAACUUGUGGAGGAAGCAAACAAACUUUAUCUUAAUGGAGUUCACAUAGGAGAUAAAACAAUCAAAUUUCAAAUCCGAGCUUUUAUAGCAGAUUUUCCUGCAAGAGCAUUUAUAAAGUCAACAUGCUAUUUUAAUGCUGUACAUGGAUGCUUAAGAUGCACUUGCGUUGGUGUGUACCAUCCCACUGGUCAUAAGGAGGUGUUCGAUUGUGUCGGGGCUCCAGUACGAACCGAUGAUAGAUUCCGAGAUAGGGAAUGCAUUCCACACCAUCAGCCUUUGCGAUCGCCUCUAGAAGAUCUGUUGAAUUUUGAUAUGAUUGAACACGUUUCUACGAGUGACCGUUUGCAUUUGAUUGAUCUUGGUGUAACUGGAAAAAUUAUCUGUGGAAUAUGGAUCGGAAAGUUUGUAUCCCUUUCUAGAUUGUCUGAUGCUCAGAAGGAGUUUGCAACGAAUUUUUUUACUGCGUUGCAGCUUCCCUCAGAAAACAAUAGGAAAAUUCACGAUCCGUAUUAUAUGCACAAAUGGAAGGGCACGCAGUUUAGAACAUUUUUGCAUUAUUGCAGCGUUAUAGUUAUGAAAGAACUUGUACCUGAAAGGGUAUACAAUCAUUAUUUACUUUAUUUUUGCGGGAUUACUAUAUUUUCAACAAAAUUCCAUCGCAAGCAUUGGAAAACUGCAGAGGUGUUCUUAAAUGUUUUUGUCCGUAACUUUGGCGCAAUAUAUGGUAGUGAACAUGUUACAAGCAAUGUUCAUAACCUUCAACAUAUUGCUAAAGAUGUUGAAAAUUUAGGACCAUUGGAUAAUUUUUCAAGCUAUGAUUUUGAAAACUAUCUUGGCAUUUUAAAACGCUCUGUACGUUCCGGAUUUAAAUGCGGUGUACAAAUUGCUGCUCGGUCUGAGGCACGUGCUAAUGUGCAUUCGCCCAAUCAUUCCGAUUGUCAAUAUCCUCGGAUAGUAUACAAUGGGAAUGGGAUUCAAUUAACUGCCAACUUUUUGUUGAGAGCGUCAACAAGAGAUGAAUGGUUUUUAACCAAACGUAACGAAGUCGUCAAAUUUAUGAAACUUAAUACUAAUCCCUCGUUGGUCGUUGUUGGAAACCGAUAUGAGUAUGUAACUGAUGUUUUCCAUAUACGUCUUAUUGAAAACGAUGAGGAGAUCGAAUUAUCAUCUGCAGAUAUCUACAUCUACGAGGCUGACGAUUGUAUACCUACAGCAGUAGAAGAAUUCUCUUUGCACCAUAUAAGAUGUAAGCUGAUAGCUGUGACUUCCCCGGCAAACCCUGGAUUAAAGCAGUUUGUCCCUCUUUUGCAUACUUUUGUUAUUGACAGUUGAAAAUAUAAUAAAGAUGAUGAAAAACUUAGAAAAAAGAUUGAAUAUUGAUAAUUCAUAUAGUUCUGUGUUUAUUUUGACGUGUGUUGGCAAUGAAAAAAUAGAAACACACUUAUUUUUAUAAUAUUUCCCUAGUAUUUACCCACCCGCUCAUUCACCUACGAUUAAUUACAACGCGUGUAUGGUUUUAUACAGUAUCCCUUUCUAACAUUUUUAUAGUUUUUAUAAUUACUAUGAGCGUUUUUUAAUUUUUUCUUCAUAAAUUCUUCAACUUCGGCAU